AUGACAUACGGCAUUGAAACACGAGCCGAAAAUGCUCAAACCAAAAGACAACUGAGAACAACGGAAAUGCGAGUACUGAGAAGUAUAACGGGCUAUACAUUGUACGACCAUAAGAGAAGUGAGGAAAUCAGAGAGAUCUGUGGACUACAAGACGUGGUGAGAUGGGCCAGAAUAAGACGAAGACACUGGAGAGACCACGUAGAUAGGAUGCCCGACAACCGACUACCCAAAAUAGCAAAAACAGAAAAGCCCAAUACCUCGAGACUCCCAGGAAGACCACCAAAACGAUGGUACGAGAGCUGGACGUCGGCAUCCCAAGAAUGA